AUGCCUUCCACUGUCGUCCCUCAACUGAGCAAACGCGGCGUGAACGCGCUGCACCGACCCCCUUUGCUGCGAUGUGCGCUGUUCGACUGCCAGUACACGAGCAGCGACACGUCGGGGCUGAUCAACAUGGGCGUUGCCGAAAACUCGCUGCUCACCGACUGGCUGCUCGAGUACUUCCACUCCAACUUCAAGCUCGAGUACAGUGAUUUCACCGUGAGUCGGAGUGGUAUUCAUUCUACCUGUUUUGAUGCGCCCGAGCGUCCCCUGCACGCACGCCAACUUGUGGUUAUUGCCGUGCUCGUCUCCGAAGUCGGCGAGACCAUUGUCUCGUUCGGGAAACCCGAGCAGAACCGCGCGCUGACCGUUGUCGACCGCGUGCUCCAACUCUGAAACAGUACGGUACCGCCCUCGGAGGUGAUUAGGAGACUCGACAACAACAGGAACACCUCGUACAAACAGCUCAUCUACCCUCUCAUCUUCCAGGCUCCAUCCGACUCUUCAAGGCGUUGAACCACCUGUUCGACAAAUACUUCCAUGCCCGAGUGCCCGUUUUACGAGAACACAUCGUCGCGGGAACAGGUUGUGCGUCAUGACGAACAACAUUAUCUCGAUUGCCUCGUGAAGCGUGACAAGUUCUUUACACCGUUCUCACACGUGGUCAUGCGUACAGGUGGAACUGUAAUUGAUUUGCUCGUAUCCUGCCUCGCCGAUGACGGGGAUGCAAUUCUGGUGUGAGUCUUCAAGAAGUCUUACUUUGAUGCUCAUCACUGAAACAACCGGUUCCGAUGGCAGUGCUUUGCCCCACUACAGCGGCUUCGUGUCGAGCUUCGGAUGCCGUAAUCAGGUCGUCGCUGUUGGAGUCGAGCUCGAGCAGGGCCACGAGGCCGAUGCAUCAUCGCUCGAGCGCUUCGAAGCCAAACUCGUCGAGAGCGAGAAGAAUGGUGUCCCAAUCAAAGCCGUCAUGCUUUGCAACCCUCAAAACCCUCUAGGUCAGUAUUAGUGCGCAACGGCAGUCUGGUAGCAUCGGAGCUGAUCAAGAUUUGUGACCGCCACAAGGCUUCUGCUACUCAAGAGAGACAAUACUGGCUUAUUGCCGCUUCGCCGAAAAGCAUAACAUCCAUCUCAUCGUCGACGAAAUCUACGCCCUAUCCACCUUCAGCACACCCGAAUACCCCGACGCCGUACUCUUCACCUCGAUUCUCGCGAUCGACACCCUCGGCGAGGCCGGUUGCUCCCCUGCUCGCGUGCAUGCCGUCUACGGUGCUUCGAAAGAUUGGGGAGCGAACGGCCUUCGUAUCGGAGCGUUGAUCUCGCAGGCGAACCCGGAAUUGCACGUCGCGAUGGAAUCGAGUUGUCUGUUGAUGAAGAUCUCGUCCCCCGCCGAUGCUUUAUGGUCCAGUCUAUUGCUCGACCCCGUGGCGCUGCCCAAGUACAUCGAGAUGAACCAGUCCAAGUUGGCGGAACACUACCAGGUGGCCGUGGAUUGGUUGAAGAGGCAUGAGAUCCCGUUUCGACCGAGCAAUGCGGCGCACUUCAUUUGGAUCGAUCUGAGGAAGUGGUUACCGACGCAAACGAGGUAAGGGAUGGCAAAUGUUCAACCUUGGUGCAGGAAUAAAUGCUGACAUGGUUGUAAUGGUUCGACCGUUCCGAUAGUGAUGGUCAAGCGAUCGAACCGGGCAUGGCACAGGAAGCAGAGCUUGCUGCUCGCUUCGCCGAGCAAGGUGUCGUGUUGGUCAGUCGUCGCUGGAAUGCUUAUUGCUGGUUGGGAAGCCCAGCUGAUCGUUCCCUUUCUCUCUUGCCAGGCUCGAGGUGCAGGCUACGGCCACUCCGUCGCCGGCUACUUCCGCUUGACCUUCUGUCUCCGACCCGAGGUAUCAGCAAUCGGACGAGGUCGUGUCGAACGGGCUUUGGGACUGCAAUUGACGCAGAGGGAGGUCAAGGUGAAGGUGUCGAAGGAGGAUAUGAGGGCGCUCAAGGAGGUUGAGGAUGCGUUGCAUGAUCUGGAUACGCAGUGA